AUUGAAAGUGGAGUGACAGUUUAGCAGGCGAGAAACGCGUCCUUUCUUGAGAAAAUCGCAUUUUCUGCGGAAAAAGAUGAGUGCCAAGGAUAUCCACUACUCCAGCAAGUACUACGACAAGGAGUUCGAGUACAGACACGUCGUGUUGCCCAAGGAGUUGGCCAAGAACAUCCCAAAAACACAUCUCAUGUCCGAGACCGAGUGGAGAGCACUGGGAGUGCAGCAGUCCCGAGGAUGGGUUCACUACAUGAUUCACGACCCAGAGCCACAUAUUUUGCUCUUCCGUCGGCCCAUCCAGGAGGAGACCAAGUAACUCCUCCGGCAGCUGUUCAUCACUUCUCCCUCUCU